UUAAAAUAGGAGGCGCGGGAGCAGGAGGCGCACUCAGCCGGAGCCGUCCAGCUAGAGACACACACACACAGACACACUCAGCUCGGUCUGCAGCCAGAAUGUCCAUCAAGAAGAUCCACGCUCGUGAGAUCCUCGACUCCAGAGGAAACCCCACAGUGGAGGUCGACCUCUACACUGAAAAAGGUCGUUUCAGAGCCGCCGUCCCCAGCGGAGCCUCCACAGGAGUCCAUGAAGCUCUGGAGCUCAGAGAUGGAGACAAAUCCCGCUACCUGGGCAAAGGUGUGACCAAAGCUGUUGAUCAUAUUAAUAAGGACAUCGUACCCAAGCUGCUGGAGCAAAAGCUGAGUGUUGUUGACCAGGAGAAGAUCGAUAAGCUCAUGCUGGAGCUCGACGGCACUGAGAACAAAUCUAAGUUCGGUGCUAACGCUAUCCUGGGUGUGUCUCUGGCGGUGUGUAAGGCCGGUGCCGCGGAGAAAGGCGUCCCCCUCUUCCGCCACAUCGCCGACCUCGCCGGCCACGCUGACGUCAUCCUGCCCGUCCCUGCCUUCAACGUGAUUAACGGUGGCUCUCACGCCGGGAACAAGCUGGCCAUGCAGGAGUUCAUGAUCCUCCCUGUCGGGGCGGCUAACUUCCGCGAGGCCAUGCGCAUCGGCGCCGAGGUUUAUCACAACCUGAAGGGCGUCAUCAAGGCCAAAUACGGCAAAGACGCCACCAACGUAGGAGACGAGGGCGGCUUCGCCCCCAACAUCCUGGAGAACAACGAGGCUCUGGAGCUGCUGAAGUCAGCCAUCGAGAAGGCUGGAUACACCGAUAAGAUCAUUAUCGGCAUGGACGUGGCCGCCUCCGAGUUCUUCAGGAGCGGAAAAUACGACCUGGACUUCAAAUCCCCCGACGAUCCGAAACGCCACAUCAGCGGCGAGCAGCUGGGAGAUCUGUACAAGAGCUUCAUCAAGAACUACCCGGUCCAGUCCAUCGAGGAUCCUUUCGACCAGGAUGACUGGGAGAACUGGACCAAGUUCACCGCCGCUGUGGACAUCCAGAUCGUCGGGGAUGACCUGACUGUGACCAACCCAAAACGCAUCCAGCAGGCCGUGGACAAGAAAGCCUGCAACUGCCUGCUGCUCAAAGUCAACCAGAUUGGCAGCGUCACCGAGUCCAUCCAGGCGUGUAAGCUGGCUCAGAAGAACGGAUGGGGUGUGAUGGUCAGUCAUCGUUCCGGAGAGACUGAAGACACCUUCAUCGCUGAUCUGGUGGUGGGACUCUGCACAGGACAGAUUAAGACCGGCGCCCCCUGUAGGUCAGAGCGUUUGGCCAAAUACAACCAGCUGAUGAGAAUCGAGGAGCAGUUGGGAGAUAAAGCCAAAUUUGCUGGCAAAGAUUUCCGCCACCCCAAAAUCUGAGCUGAGACGAGCUGAGACGAGCUGAGACGAUCGAUUCUCCUUCUGUCCUGAACAUUCAGAUUAAAUGUUUUUAUUCUGGAUUUUUUAUACUGAGGCUCCUCUGAGUCCUGCAGUUUCCUGGAUUCAAUUAUUUUAUUAAAAUCACAAAAUCGAAAUAAACUUAAUUUCCUCCACAAAAUAAAA